GAGUGACUUCACAGAGAAAGCGGGAGGGGAGGUGAGGGAGGGAGAGAGAGAGAGGAACGCAAAAACGAGAGUGUGACAAGACGUAAGCUCAUAGUGACAGCCGGGUCAGGAGAAGGCAGAGCGAGAGCUGGGAAAGAGAAAGCAGAAAGGGGGAGAUAAUGCAGGCUGAGAUGAUGGAGGAGAGUCAGGGCUGCAGGGGCUGAUGUCUGCUUACCUAGGCUAGAAAGAAACGUAAGGAAGCAACAGUGUGGAAAUCAGGUAGAAAGUGUGCAGAUCUGUCCAGAUGUGUGCGUGUUUGUGAUGUGCAACUGGCGGUGCUCGGUUAAAUCAGUUUGUGGAGAGCGUUUGUGUGAGUGAGUGAGGCUGUGCAACCAGUAUUGCCUAGAAAACGUGCCUGGUGGAUUACGAGAGAUCAGAGGACGACCGCUGUGUGUGUGCGUAUGUGAGUGUGUGUGUUUAAUGGUAAGCAAAAGGACUAGGUGCUAUUUGUCACGGGAUGUUUUUUUAGAAAACCGUGCAGCCAGAAAACAGUGCCAUAAACGAGGAGAGAUAGUCCAGGUAGUUGAAGCAUCUGAGGAUACCAGGGCAUUUGGGGACAAGCACUCCUGCCUAGAAUCUGCUAUCUGAAUUUCAGACCAAAGGAGGUAAAGAACACAAACCUAUACAGACAGUAAAAGAGCUGAGGAGGAACCAUGGGUUCACGUGAACUCUUGAGCCAUCAGCGGAAAGAUUUGUAGGACCAGAGCAUCUAUGUUUCUUCUGAUUUCCUCCAAAGCCACGGAAACUGUAUAGUUUCUGCUAAGGUUAACGCGAAGGAUCGUGAGCAACCAAGACGGUGUCCAGUGACCCGUGAAUGCAUUCAGCAUCCAAUCAUGGGAGAGUGGACCAUACUAGAGCGCCUCCUGGAGGCCGCUGUGCAGCAGCACUCCACGAUGAUAGGAAGGAUUCUACUGACGGUGGUGGUUAUAUUUCGUAUCCUCAUCGUGGCCAUCGUAGGCGAGACGGUGUACGAAGACGAGCAGACCAUGUUUAUCUGCAACACCCUCCAACCAGGAUGCAACCAGGCCUGCUAUGACAAGGCCUUUCCCAUUUCCCACAUCCGAUACUGGGUCUUCCAGAUCAUUCUUGUUUGCACACCCAGUCUGUGCUUUAUAACCUAUUCAGUGCACCAGUCGGCCAAACAGCGAGACCGUCGCUACUCCUUCCUCUACCCGAUAAUGGAGAAGGAGUACAGUCGCGAAGGUGCCCGCAAACUGCGCAACAUCAACGGUAUCCUGGUGCAGCACCCUGACAGCGGCGGCGGAAAGGAUGAACCCGACUGCUUGGAAGUGAAGGAGAUCCCGAACGCACCGAGAGGUCUCCUCCACGGCAAGAGCUCCAAGGUACGCCGUCAAGAGGGCAUCUCUCGUUUCUACAUAAUCCAGGUCGUGUUUCGCAACGCACUUGAGAUAGGCUUCUUGGCAGGCCAGUACUUUCUCUACGGCUUCAGCGUUCCCGGCAUCUUCGAGUGUGACCGCUAUCCUUGCCUGAAGGAGGUGGAGUGCUACGUGUCGCGCCCUACCGAGAAGACGGUCUUCCUGGUGUUCAUGUUUGCUGUGAGUGGCAUUUGCGUUGUGUUGAACCUUGCCGAGCUCAACCACCUGGGCUGGAGGAAAAUCAAAGCCGCCAUUCGAGGCGUGCAGGCCCGCAGGAAGUCCAUCUGUGAGAUCCGCAAAAAGGACAUGGCUCACCUGUCACAGCCGCCAAACCUGGGCCGGACCCAGUCCAGCGAGUCUGCCUACGUCUGAUCUCCCUUUAUCUAAAUAAAGUGUUACAGGAGGGGAGUGGAGGUUCACAAGGCUGUUAGAGUACCAUGUUUUCGUUGGAAGGGGAGUACCCUCACAUAGCCACGCCUCUUUCCAACAAACCACUCCCCAAUUUAUGCCAUACGACAGUGUUUGAGGAAGUUUGCAAGUUGGAUGGGUGCAGAAUCAAGUGGAGACGGGACAGAGAGAAGGAUUUUUUUUAUUCUGAAUUGUCAAACUGGAAACAAUGAAUAGUAGAAGGGUGAGGAGCAGAGAUGGGAGGUGAUA